AUGAAAAGGACCUCUGCUGCUUAUUUGACUUUUUUGUCAGGGACACAUACUGGUGAUUUCAUUUUUGUUAAUGAGUCCAAAUCGUGGUGGGAUGCUCAGAGUCAUUGCAGGGGCUUGCCAUCUGAUCUAGUUAGCAUACACUCUGAAGCAGAGAAUAUGGCAGUGCUCAACGUGUCUGCAUCACAAACUGUCUGGAUUGGGCUGUUCAAAGAUCCCUGGAAAUGGUCGGAUGGAAGUAACUCAUCUUUUCGUUUCUGGAGAGCUUCUCAGCCCAGCUAUCUUUCAAAUCAGGAUUGUGUUGCUGCGGUAUUUCAAGAUAAUGGGAAGUGGAAUAAGCAAAGCUGCAGUAACCAACUCAAUUUUGUUUGCCAUGGGGCUGCUGCUACCAAACAGUCAAGCACCAUUACCACAACAGAAGGAACAGCUGCAGGUGGAGUGAGAACACCAAAUACCACAGAGUUUAUGUCACCUACAUCAAGUACUCCUCUCCAAAGUACAACUACAGAAAUGUCAUCUUUGACACAGCCACCUCCUGCAACUACUGUGAAUUUAACUACAGGUGGUGACUCUAUAUUAACAACCCCGGGAGGAAUUUCAGCCCAGAUCUCAACAACACAGACAGGGAUUUCAGUCCCAAACACCACAGAACAUAUAGAGAUUUCAUCCCAGAACACUGCAAUACAGAAAGAGACUUCAGCCCAGAACACUACAGCAUACAUAGGGACUUCAGCCCAGAACACUACAGCAUACAUAGAGACUUCAACCCCAAACACUACAGCAUACAUAGGGACUUCAACCCCAAACACUACAGCAUACAUAAGGACUUCAGUCCAGAACACUACAGCAUACAUAAGGACUUCAGUCCAGAACACCACACAUUCCUCAAUCGUAACGGCCAGUGUAAUCAGUCAAAAUUUGCACCCAGAAGGAAACAUGAUAUUAAUUCAAGAAAACAUGACAUGGAUUGAAGCUCUGAGUUACUGCAGGAAACAUUAUUUUGAUCUUGUUGACAUUAAGACCAAAAACAUACAGGACCAGGUUGCUCAAAAGGCAAAGAAUGCUACAUCAUCCUAUGUGUGGCUGGGUCUACGCUACACUGUUCAAUUUAAUUUUUGGUUCUGGAUUAGGUCAACGUCUAGCUGUUACCAGAACUGGUUACCAGGAGAAGGACCUCAAAGGGAUUAUGGCAGUGCUGUUAGUGGUGCCAUGGAGGCCACUGGGGGGCAGCAGUGGGUAGGUUUGCCCGAGACAGAAAAACUGAAUUUUAUCUGCAACACAUGUGCUGGAUGAAUGAGGGCCAGUGCCUCUUAAUGUAAUGCAAAUGUUAACAUUUUCAUUGUGCUGUAUGAAAAAAUUAACACAUUUUCCUAUACUGACAUGUGCACCCCUUGGUUUAAAAUUCAUGCUGUGUUCAGUUACACCAUCAAUCCAGUGAACCUUGGGGGCCGUGAUCCUGAUUGUUUCAAUGCUAAGUUAUGACAUCAUAUCUCUGUUGAAAUACAGCUGCCUCCUCUGUUGUUAAUAUUGAAUUUAAAUAGAUAUGAAAAUGUUUUUUAAUCUUUGCAUUUAAUGAAUAUGACAUUUUCUACAUGUGUCAUUUACAAGAGCAGGCAUCGUUUAAUCCCUCACCCAGCCGGCCGAACAAGAGGAAAAAAAAGUAAAUGG